AGGGCGAUGAAAACUCGGCUGUCUUUCAUAGCGGAGCAGCGAGCUUGUGUCGAGCCGCGAUAACAGCAUCCUCUGCUGUUAUUCAGCUCUCGCACAUCCAUGACACUAACCAGUGUUGCAACCUGCUUUUUUCAUACGAGAUUAUUUUCAUAGACUUCUUCUUCUUCUUUUUUUUUCUAUACAGAAUUUUGUACAUCAUUUUUUUUCUUUUCUUGCCGCCAUGGUGCUAGGAAAAGUGAAGAGCUUCGUUGUAAGCUAUGACUGUCACAAUGACAGCAAUGUCCCCGUUUUCUCCAGCGGGGACUGUGUCUCAGGAAGAGUCCUCAUCGAAGUGACCGGAGAAAUCCGCGUCAAGUCGCUGAAAAUCCACGCUAAAGGGUUCGCCAAAGUGCGCUGGACUGAGUCGCGAAAUGCUGGAUCCAACACUGCCUACACUCAGAAUUACACAGAGGAAGUGGAGUAUCUAAAUCACAAAGACAUCCUUAUCGGCCAUGGAAGAGAUGAUGACAACUCUGAGGAAGGUCUCACCACAAUUCAUUCAGGAAGACACGAGUAUGCAUUUAGCUUUGAGCUUCCACAAACUCCUUUGGCUACCUCUUUCGAAGGGAAGCACGGCAGCGUGCGCUACUGGGUGAAAGCAGAGCUGCACAGACCAUGGCUUCUGCCCAUGAAGACCAAGAAAGAGUUCACCGUUUUCGAACACAUUGACAUAAACACUCCCCUCCUGCUGUCUCCACAGGCAGGCACGAAAGACAAGACACUAUGCUGCUGGUUCUGCACCUCAGGUCCAAUCUCCCUAAGUGCCAAAAUUGAAAGGAAGGGUUACACCCCAGGAGAAUCGAUUCAGAUCUUCGCAGAGAUUGAGAACUGCUCCUCACGCAUGGUCGUGCCAAAGGCUGCCAUCUACCAAACUCAGACCUUCUAUGCCAAAGGGAAGAUGAAGGAGAUCAAGCAGCUGGUGGCUAACAUCCGUGGGGAGUCGCUGUCUUCUGGCAAGACAGAAACAUGGAACGGGAAGUUGCUGAAGAUCCCUCCCGUGUCACCGUCCAUCCUGGACUGCAGCAUCAUCCGAGUGGAGUACUCACUCAUGGUCUAUGUGGACAUUCCAGGAGCUAUGAACUUGUCCCUUAACCUGCCUCUCGUGAUCGGCACUAUCCCCCUGCACCCGUUUGGCAGCCGCACAUCCUCUGUCAGCAGCCAGUGUAGCAUGACCAUGAACUGGCUAGGCAUGAGUCUUCCAGAGAGACCUGAAGCUCCCCCAGCGUAUGCAGAGGUGGUCACAGAGGAACAGAGGCAAAGCUGCCUGGAGGUGUCCUCGGGCCGUGAAGACUUCGAUGGCCCACUGUUUGCCUACAUCCAAGAGUUCCGCUUCCAGCCUCCUCCUCCAUAUUCUGAGAUUGAUCCAAAUCCAGAUCAAACCAGACAGCCAGAGGAGCAGAGGCCCGACACAUGUCCAUCACGCUGAAAAGCUCAUAGCACCAGCUCAGAGCAGUCGUGCCCUUCAAACUUUCGACUUUCAUUUUUUUCCCGGAGGCAACAAGUGCACUUGCGCUGCUGUCGAUGCCGAGAGAAAAUGAACAUGCAGGAGGAAGGACCGUAAAGUGCAGGAAGUUGCUGCCGUGUCACUUCAUUCCUGCCACAGGGAAGUGUGAUCACAUUGCUCAUCUGUGUCGAACCCUGUGGACAGAUGCACCUGGUUGGACUGCGACGCCAGGAUUUAAUCAGCCUAGUUUCUGUUGUCCUCAUGCUUCUUUCUGUAACCAUGGCACAAAGUAAGGUUCUGUAGCACAGAGCUACCUGGAGACAGACAAAUAUGCAGAGGAUACACUAUAGCCACCACCUGCAGUACAAAGGAGAGAAGACUAGAAACUCUUGCUUCUGUUGUGGAUUUUUGCACAUCUUAUUUUUAGCUUGAGUUAUAAGGCUCAGUUUGAAAAUCACUAAUUGUUUUGUUUUUCACUGUCUUGGUCUAAUAUGACUAAAUGAUUGCAGGCUUGUUUUGCUUUAUCCGCAUAGCUUGCCGAGAAUAGAUUCAGAGACAAAAAAUCUGACUGAGAUUCAGAGACUCAAAUCCUGCUCUGAUCAUACUUUCAGCUGUUCUUAGGUGGUUUUGUUUUUCUUCAUUGCGUUCCCUCCUAAGGACAUGCAGAUGACAAACUGCGUCCAGCAGCAUGCUCCACCUGAAAGGCUCUUCAGGCUCGGCAUUGUUGCCUAUGUGACUUGUAAUAGCAGUGUGACUUUUCUGUUUUUUCCUCCUGUUCACAUGGACACCAUCUAUAAGUUUUAAACAUAGAAUGCCUUCAAGCCAAUCUCCGUUUGUUUGGGGAUUAUGCUCUAGCGCAUGUUUUGUGGUAGAAAACAGAAGACAUUUGCCACUUGCAUGUGUAGGCAGGGUGGAGAGAUAAAACAGGGUGGAACCCAGCAGUUCGCCUGCAAACGGUCUGAACAGAUUGUUGCCUUUCUAUUUGUAGUGUAACGCAGUGCAGGCUUCUAUAUAGUACUGCCUAAAAAAGCACUCAGUCUCAGGAGAACUUCUCACUUGCCAAAAGGUUGGAAACAAAAAAAUAUAUAUGAAAAAGACUAUGUUUCAAUUGCACUGUUUGAACGCAAAAAAGGAUGUAGGUGAGACAAAAAAAAGUAGAUUAGAUUAACAGAACAGACAAGACAAUGCACAAGGCAGCUUUCUAAGACGAACGACAUUCCCUUUUUGUCCUGUUUUACUUCGAGACUUUUUUUGUCCCAACAUUCCUCCAGGCCAGUGAUGGCAGAUAUGAUUCAGAGCAAAACGUGAGAGAACAAUGACUGAGACUCUGAAAGGACCCAUGAAGAAAUUUGACGCAGCCAGACUGUGGCUUGAACUGUGUUGAAAUGAGGCAUACAUUAGUUUUUAGAACUCAUUCAACAACUACGUUAACGCUCCGCUUCUGUGCAGUAAUAAUGUAGCACCUGUUUUUUUUUUGUUUUUUUU